CAUGUUGGGUCGGUUUGAAAGCCAGCGCGGGCGUCGCGCUGCGCUGUGACGGCGGAUGGCGCUGCGAGCCAGCGGCGCCUGAAGUGCGGCUGUGUCCGGGUCUGGGAUGCCUUGUGUCGCGUCUCCAGUCUGGUAGCAAGCCUGGGCUUUCGGCGGGGAGUUGUGGAAGUGUGCAUUUUUAUUUCUUUUCGGAUCUCCGUGGGUGAAUUCGGUCCGAAAAGGGGGUAGCUGAACUGUCUUGCCGACCGUUUAACAUUCCGUUCGGAAUGAUGGAUUUCCUUUUGGGGACACGAACGGUUACGGAAGAAAUGUUGUUUCUAAAAGAAAUCAACAGAAAUAAUCCAUUUUGAGGAAGCCAUGGCAAAAUCAAAUAUAAAACACAGAGUUUGUUCUCGGGAAUCUUCAGUAUCUUCUCUGUUAGCAAGCUGUAGCCUGAGUGGUAAUAAUUCCUCUAACCCUGAUGGCUCUUUUCAGUAUAAGGAUAAACUGUACAGUUCUGCAUCUCAGGCUCUGCAGGCCUAUAUUGAUGAUUUUGAUCUAAGCCGAAUGUAUCCUGGUGCAAGCACUGGAAAGAUUAACAUUGAUAAGUGUUCUGCUAAUAUGCCAGAAUUCUCCAACAAUAUUUGUAAACCAAACAAUGCUGUUGAGAAUUUUGAUCACAAAAAAGUCUCAUUGUCCAUACCUUCUAGAAGACAGACUAUUAAUGACAUAGACUCCAUUAGCCUAACAACCGAUGAUCUAUUAAAACUUCCAGCAGAUGGAUCAUUUUCUUUCACUUAUGUUGGACCAGGUCACCGAAUUAGCAAGAAAAGCAAGAAAGGCAUUGGAAGGCUGAGUUACUCAAACACUGGAAAGCAUCAAAAUUUUCAAGAACCCUCUACUGCCAUGGGCAAGGAUAACUUAGUUACUCCUGUUGUAUUCACAAAUAUAAAUGGAAAGCAAUGUGGUAGGCUAAAAAAGCCAAAACUUGUGGAUAAAAGUAAUAAAUGCAUUUCUGAACCAUCUUUAUCUUUUUCCAAAAAAACAUCUUUCAAGGACGUUUCAGAGCACAAUGUUGAAAAGAAUUACCCAAGAUGGCUCACUGGCCAGAAGUCUGACCUUAAUGUUUCAGGGAUAACUAGUAUACCUGAUUUCAAAUACCCAGUCUGGCUCCACAAUCAAGACUUGCUACCUGACACAAAUAGUCAAAAGAUUUAUAAAAUAUUUAAAGAAGAUCAGUGUUCUCCUAGACAUAGUUAUCAGGCACAAAGAACUUCUCGGCUUAUGAAUAAAUUAGAUUGUUUUGAAUAUUCUUUUGAACCCUCAAAUAUUGCACAUUUUUUGAGUGAUGAUAAAGGAUUAGUUAAUGAAUACAAAUGUGAUUCUGCAUGUAGCCAGUGUCAAUGUGAGAAUCCACUUCUCCCAGGACAAUCCAAAAAGCCAUUCAGUGGUGACAAAAUUGAAUUGCUUAUCCUGAAGGCGAAGAGAAAUCUAGAGCACUGUACUGAAGAAUUGCCAAACGCUAUGAAACAGGACGACAGUCCUUGUUCAUUAGAUAAACUUGAAGCAGAAAGAUCAUGGGAAAAUAUUCCUGUUACUUUCAAAUCUCCUGUUCCUGUUAACUCUGAUGAUAGUCCUCAAGAAGCUUCAAGCACAAAGUGUGUGAAAGAGUUCCCUGAAGACUUUUUAAAUAAUGAUAAUCAGAACUGUACCCUUUCUGGAGGAAACCAUCAUGGUCCUGUUGAAGCUCUGAAACAAAUGUUAUUUAAUCUUCAAGCAGUACAAGAAAGUUUUAAUCAGAAUAAAACCACAGAGCCAAAAGGAGAAAUUAAGCAAGUUUUAGAAGAUGAUUUCUCUAAAUUACAAUUGAAGGAAAGCAUGGUUCCUAUUACGAGGUCACUUCAAAAGGCUUUGCACCAUUUAUCUCGCCUGAGAGACCUGGUUGAUGAUACCAGUGGGAAACAGUCACCGAAAAUGUGAAGAGGAAAAUAAAAGUCUAACCAACAAAUAGUCACCACAGAACAAAAAUGUAUUUUUUUCGUAUUGCUUAAACUGACAAAGUAAUUAUAAGACAUACAUUAUUCUGAUUGGUUCAAGUAUUAUACAUUUAAAAAACAAACAAACUUGAAAAUAUCUGUAGGUUUUGUGACCUGUCCUCAUUUUGUGCCAAAGUACCAGAAUGUGAACUGGAAGGACCUACACCAUGUCCUACAGUCUGACUGGACUUCAGGCCAGCAAAUGUCUAAUAUCCAAAGAUGGAUGAUUUCUGUUAUUGACGCUCACAUGGACUUAACCUUCAGCAUCCUCGUCGUUUUAUCAUCUGGUUCUGGAUCAUCAAGAAACUCUCACUGGUGUCUCCAAAAUCUCUUAAGUGAAAUAGACUUUUGAUACAGUUAGCAUCCACUUUUGAGGAGCUUAAAGGAAUAUCAAAAUUGUUAUGGUAUACCUUAUUCAUAUAGAAUAUGUAAAGUUUCAUGCAUCAAAUAUUUAAGAUAUAUUUUCAGAUAAUAAUGGGGUGGUUCAGUGCUAAAAGGAAUAUUGUUUUAUGAUGUGAAAUCCUUGAGAAACUCAAAUAAUUAAUGCCUUGAUUUUUAUUUUCUGUAAGAUAAUAAAAAUAUUUUUAUUUUUUUUAUAACAACAUUUUACAAAAUAUUUUGGGGGGAGGGAUUUUUGAGAAUUUAAUGUUUUAAUAUUAGAUUAUUUCCCAGAUUUUAAUUUUGGGGUUAGCUCAAACUAGUAAAAACUAGGAGAUCAGUGGCCAAUGGCUUUAUGAAAUUUUAUAACUAAACUUAAAGAAAAUGAAUAUGGGAAAUCAGAAAGCAACACUAAUAGGAAUUUCUAAGUACAUUGGGUCAAAGAAUUUGCUUUUCCCCCCCUCCAAAUUGAAAGCACUAUAUGAGACCUUUAUUAUAGAACUUACAUGUCAAAAAAUGUAGAGUGAAACUGUUCUUUUUUUGGACAGUGAGUCAGAGUUGUCACACUGUUUUGUCCAGUUUGAGAGUCACUACAAUAAGUUUGUUUUGUUUAUUUACUCUGUGGAGGUGUUUCUGCCAGUGACAUUCUAUUUUCUGAUUAUGGUCUUCUGCUUUACAGCUAAUAGUUUGCAUAUAAUCAAACAAGACUUUACUUUGAUGAUUAAAAUAAGGCUAGCUGUUAAAAAUGCAGAUUUUACUUAAGUGGGCAAAUAUUAGGUGGAUCUGGGUUGAUCAUGCUAUCCAGGCUUAGUGAAACCUACUAUUAGACAAAUUCUAAAGAAGGCAGAGAAGAUAAAGAUCAGGAAAUAAAUUUCUAGUUACCUAUUAUAUGUUGAUCAGAUAUAAUAUGUAAUAUACUUAGAAAGCAUCUCCAAAGGGACCAUCAUGCUGUAAUGGCUCUGAAGAGCACCCAUUUGUUUAGUGCCCCCAUUUGCAAGAACAUAUCUCCGUACUAAAGAAGACAAGCCUGCUCUAAAAAUUGGUUAAAACUAAUGUUUUAAGAAACUUGAUUAUAUUCACCGAAGGAGUAUUUUCCUAUUGGUAAAUAUAGACCUUCAGUCUUUUACCUAAAAAGGGAAUAAACUUUUCAAAUGAUUAAUUCCAACCUUUUUUAAAAAAAAUAUGUAGAGACCACUAAGGAAAAAAACCUAAAUGACAAAUGUUCGAGAAAUUAAAGAAUUGAUUUAAUUAAAGGUUAAAUAUUUCAGUAUCUUUUAUUUUGUGAUUUCCAAAGGGAAAAAAAGGAGAUUACAGUAUUGACACUGCUGAGUUGGGAAUUUAGAGCAGAUAAUGAGAGCAAUUAUAUUUUAAAAAUUGCAUUGUCAAUAUAAAAUUCUAUCCUUUUUAGGUAUAUUGAAAAAUAGAAAAAAAUGAGAACAUUUCAUAAGAUUUAAAAUUUUAAUUUGAGUAUGAAACAAAUUUAACAAACCUAAUUCCAAAAAGUAUUUGAUACCAAGGGAAAAAAGUGUGACGUAUAUGUGAAAAUUCAAAACUCAAGGGUAUUUUUUUAUUAUCAAAAAGAACUCUACUUUUAGUUUUUUCUUUGAAAAUUUAUUUCAGCUUCAUAAAGAUUUCUGACCAAAUUGAGGAAUUCUGACUUCUUGGGUUUGUUUGAGUUUAGGUCUCUCUUGUUAUGUUAUUUCUUGUUGAAAUUUAUAAAUGGACUUUUUAUAUUUUGUAAUUAAUGUUUAUGAUAAUGUAUAGUUAUACCAAAAUUACAUAUAGUUGUACCAAAAUGUUGCCUGAAGAUGAAUCAUGAAAAGAUUCCUUUCCUCCCACCUAUGUGUCGAAUACAUGAAAUCACUUACAGAUUUGAAGUUUUGUUUCAUUUUUCCUGUUGCACUUUUCACUGUGUCUCAAAACCUAUUUGCUGGAAGUGUUACAUAAAGUGAACUAGUCAAAGAUCAAGUAGCAUGAAAAGGAGACAAAAGAAGCCAAAAAGCCAAUAAAAUUGAUAUUUUCUGAACAACUGAA